UUAGCUUCUUUUCUUGUGGACCACCUAUAGGACCGCAUUAGCUGUUAAUAAGGGAAUUAACGUGGUGUCGGAAGUAAGCUUUUUUAUCUGAGUGUGUUUAUACUGUUCAGUGAUACAUGUAUUUUGGUUUAAAAAAUUGUAUGUUAACAUUUUGUGGAUUUAGGUUUGAGAUGAACUAUGAUUGUGAAUAAGUUUAGCGAUUUAAGGCAAAGUAAGAACAGAUGCACCUUCUGAAACCAUGGACACUCUCCAAAACAACCUCUUAUUAAAAAUACCAGCAUCAGAAAAACAACCUAUAAAACUAAAAUUUGGAAUAGAUCAACUUCUCUCCAAUGAAAUCCUUCCAACAGAUAAUUAUCCUAAAGGAAUUACAAAACCAACUCCGACAAUCGCGAUUCCAUGUUCUGACUGUGUAUCUUCCAUUUAUCGAUGUUGUAAAGUAGGUUCUUCAGGAUGUUCGCAGAUCAGUGACAUUCCUGAGUACUUGGCGGGACACAUCUUUGGAACCAGCAGUGCAACAGGCGGUUACACCAUGCAACCGAUUCGACCAUUCCCCACAAGGCCAAGUAUCCGAAUAGCUGACGGCCAUUCACCUACACAUUCAUCUACAAACUUAUCAACGUGUUCCUCAAAUCAAAACAAAAGAAAACGUUCUUGGUCCAGAGCUGUGUUCAGUAAUUUACAAAGAAAAGGACUCGAAAGAAGAUUUCAGCUACAGAAGUACAUCACAAAACCUGACAGGAGGCAACUGGCUGCUACACUUGGUUUAACUGAUGCUCAGGUCAAAGUUUGGUUCCAAAAUAGAAGAAUGAAAUGGCGACAUUCUAGAGAAGGACAAAAUGGAGAAAAUACAGCAGCAGAUUCAACGCAAGAAGAAUUACAUAUAGAUGUAGAUACUGUUACAGAUGAUGCUGACUGAUUAAAGGUUAUAUUUAAUAUUUUGGAAUUACUAUUCGAUCGAAUAAAAUUUAUUUUACAAAUAAAAUACUGAAAAUGAUUAUAA